UCACCCUCUUCUCUCUUACUCUGUCUCUCUCUUUCGGUUGCGCAGGGGAUGGUGAAGAGGGGUCGAAAGAAGCAGGGGUUGCGCGCGCGACGCCGCAGGUAUCGCGCGCAGGAGCCAUCAUGUGCCGACGCCGGCAGGUGGAGGUGGUGGUUGAAGGUGAAGGGUGGAGGGGGUUCUCGCACGGCGGUUCUCCCUCGUACGCUCGGCGGAGCCGUCGUCAUUGGGCGUCGGGACGUCGCGACGACGCUCUUUUCCUCUCUCUUUCUCUCUCGUACACUGUUAACACGCGCGAACACACUCUCCUUCUCCCUUUCUCUCUCUCUCUCUCUCUCUCUCUCUUUCUUUCUUUCUUCCUUCGUCACUACUUAUCUUCCUCUGCCCUUUUUUUCUUAUACUUACCCAGCCUGUUUCUCCUGCUCUCGAACGAAGGCGAUCGCGCGCGCGCUCGUCGAACGUUUCCGCGCGCGGAUAAUCGUUCUGUGUCGUGUCAGUUCGCGAGGAGCGUUCGCCGGUGCACGCGCGCACGUCAACGCACCAGUGCGUCCUUGGCUCUUCGUUUUUUCGGAGCCGUGUGUCAUAAAAUAUAAAUAUAUAUACACACACGUCUGUCUGCAUAGGUACACAUAGGUAAACUACAUACGUAUAUUUUCCCUACGAUAGUUCGACGCGGUGGUGUCUUAUCUAUUUCAAUUCGGAUAAAGCGUCGACGAAUAAACGCGAGCCUUUUUACGUUUUUCGUUUUACGUAACGUGCGUGCGUAAGUGCAGCAAAGUUCGCGCGGGCUUAGAUCGUGUAUGUGUGCGCGCGCGCGCGCGCGCUCACCCGCUCGUUCACCCGCGUGCGAUUCCUCGAACUCGUUCAAAGGCCCGCACGCGGUUUUCUCCGAUUGGUGUAUUGGAAAUUAUUGAAAAUAUAAUAUAAUAGUCGAUCGUUCGAUUAUGACCGUCAGUUUUUGUAAGGAUCGGUGUCGGUGAAUCAUCUAAUGGGAGGGAAAAGUCGUCUCGUCGAGUUCGUUAAGAAGGAUGCCGGUUUUCGCCUAGAUAGUCCUUUGGACAUUGGCGAUAUAUCGUGACAAGUGGAGGAGGACCUAUCGCAGGAUGGGACGGACGACGUUGCGAGGAUCGAGCGACGAAGGACAGAUCGUUGUUGUCGCCGUCGCCGCCGUCGCAGCCGUCGUCCUCGAGAGGAGACAUUCGAGAUUCGAAGAGAGGAUCGCGAUCUGGAAGUUCUUCGGGAGCGGUUGAAACCAGUCGCGAGAAGUUUACGGAUGAAGUUCGAAAGAGAAGCUGGAAGGAAAGAAGAAGGAGGUGGUGGUGGUGGUGGAGGAGGAGGAGGAGGAGGAGGAGGAGGAGGAGGUGGUGGUGGUGGAGGAGGAGGUGGUGGAGGAGAAGGAGAAGGCGAGGAUCACCUUCCGAGAGGAAGGACGAGAGGACGAGUCAUGUCACAUGUCGUUCCUAUGCUUUUGCCACGUUUCGCGCCAAUCGCCAAGCUACUCGUCGCGGCGAUCCUCGUGCUCUACUGUUGUGCUAAUCGUUUCGCUCGUGCUAGCGAAUUCCCCGAGAGAGAAUGCUGCGUCUUCCCGUUACCCGAACCAACCGGAAGAUCCACGGCCGCGCCUAUACCAACCGGCAGAAGUGGAUCCGAUAUCAAAAAGGGUGUCGCUAUAUUGAAUUGCCUCUACGCUCGUCAACUUUGUUUCGAGGAUCCAUCCUGUAGUGCCAUUCUCGAAAUUAUUCCACGUGUCUGCGGUCCAGAAUUAGUGGCUUGUUCAACGGUGACGGUGACGAAGUGUCGUUCGGCACUUCACAGUCUGCAAGCUUUCUCGUUCUUUCGGCCCACGUGUCUUUGUAAAGAACGGCACGUCGAUCCAGACUGCAAUAGCUUCCAGAAUUUCCUCUUCGAUCAUCCCUGCAUUGACGUACAGAAGAAAGAAAAAGAGCAGCAUCCAAUCGAACCUUUACCAACGUGCACCCAUGCCAUGAACGAGUGUCUACGAGGGAAGCCGUGUAAUCAGGUCUUCGAGAACUUCAAAAACAGCUGUAAAGCGCGAGAGGGCAAGUGCAGAAUGGAGAGUCGAGACGCUUGUCAUGAUUCUUGGACGCAACUUCGAUUGUCACCGGUGUUUGGUUGUAUAUGUCCGAACAAUCACAUAAAGAAACGAUGCGACAGGAUCUUCUCAUUGGUCAAUCAUAAUCCUUGCGUCGAGUAUCUGCCCUCCUCCGCCUCGGUAGACCUAUCGGGUACGGACUCGGCCCUCUAUCCAUUCGACCCGCAGCAGGAGAGCUACCAGGAGAUCUGGUUACCGCCGACCAGUAUGUAUCCCUAUUUUCUGUUCCCCGGGACCGCGCGCACCUCGUACCACGACUACGAAAUACCAGACCAGGAACAGGGACAUCGCCGUCAGCACGGCCAUCGUCAUCAGCCCGGUCGCCAUCAGGAGGCACCGGAAAAGCCAGCCAAGCCAAGUGUGUUCGUCGUCGACGCGAACGAUCCACAGAGAAACGAUUUAAACAAGGCUGAUCCUCAUAACGAGGAUCGUUUCGUCGUGACCGACGACGAACACUCGGCUGGUCGGUUCCACCUUCCAGGUUCGAGGUUCGGCAACCAGAGGCAGGAGGGUGCCCGGGGGGAUGGGAUCUUUCAAGAUUUCGAUGGCUCUUCUUCAUCCGACGUCCAUUCCUAUUCUUCUUACCCUUCUUCCUCCUCCUCUUCUUCUUCUUCUUCUUCUUCUUCAUCUUCGUCUUCUUCUUCUUCUUCUUCUUCUUCUUCUUCUGACGCGUUUUCCAAGCAUGAUCGUGCCUCCAACACAGUGCACCUGCAGCCAAGGCACCCCCACCAAAGCGAGCAUGACGCGCACCUGCACCAUCACCAUCAUCACCAGCACCAACAGCACCACCACAACCACAACCAGCACCACUACUACCACCAUCACCCUGCACCUGCACCGUCCCCGUCGUCUUCUUCGUCGUCUUCGUCUUCCUCGUCGUCAUCGUCGUCUUCGUCAGCAUCCUCGUCCUCGUCAUCGUUGUCGUCGUCGAACGCGCAACCACCGCGACCGACGCCUACCGUCGACGAAACUAAACGAAUCGAGACCCCGCAAGUCGCGCCACCAAAGAAAUUCGCACCGAGGCCAACCUACGAGCAUCGGGCGAUCUUCGAUCGCGUCGACGACGACCUCGAUGACAUCGAGUUCAGGAUCGGCGCUCUGCCAGUCGAUCGGCUCUUCGAUCUGCGCGAGGCUUUCGAAGGCUUCGUCGAUCAAGUGAAGGUCAUCUCUCAUCCGGACAACUCGACGAGCUUCGAGGUAAUCGAAUCUCAAGUGGAGAAUCCAUUGAUUGAUGCCGAUCAUCAAGAUCUUCUAGCGAUGAAGCAGAUACCUGUGCCUGGCGAUCAUCACCGACGAUCUCAUCGGAAGAAGAAUCAAACUGUGGAGGAGUUCGAUCAAGCUGCAGCUCUGCCAUCUGCCAAAUCGGAAAUUGACAAGAUUCAGCAACCACCUAAGUUGAUACUUUCCAGUACAUGUCAUCAUGCAUACACAUCGUGCAAGAACGACCCGGAGUGCAAGGCAUUAUUACAGCCGGUCCUGAAUUACUGUGGUUUGACGAGCUGUGCGAGAAACGAAUGUAUGGCAGCUUUACAACACUUCUAUAAAACGGCUAAUCACAAGCACUCCAUCGAAAUAGCUUUCUGUUUGUGCCGAAAAACCGAUGGCAGAAAAGACGAAUGCAUCGUGGCACAAGAAAAGAUGCAUCCUGCAUGUGCGCAACGUAUCGAAGGUGCCGAUAUGCCUACAUGUCACAGUCUCGCGGAGACUUGCAAGAAAAACGAAGCCUGUCGCAUGAGAUUGGAGCAUUACGAGCAAAAUUGUGCGGUAGACAGCGUAACGAAAAAAUGCGCAGGACCACCAUCCGAUUGUAGGAAAGCGAUGCUGGGUAUACUUGGAACCGAACUUCGUUCAAAUUGUGCUUGCAAAGGCACCGACUUCACGCAACUCUACGACUGCCUUGGUUGGCAAAGACUCCUUUGGGUUAACCCGUGUGUAGUCGAGUCUCAAAAGGACUACCACGCACGUCGAAAACACCACCACUAUUCAAGAACAACGCCGAUUAGUAGUAUACUGUCGACAACAACAACAAUGACGACGUCGUCGUCGACUACGAGAAUACACGUAAGCAUGACGGCGACUACGAUGGCCACCGCGGUCGAACGAGUUGAAGAUAAUCAAAUACCGGAAGUAACGAAGUGGCCGACCACCGAACCCACGGAAACUUUAGAAAUCACGACUAACACCGUUAGUACGACGCCAAGCACAACUACAACGACAACCACACCGCCCCGCUUCUGUGUCGUUCAAAGACCAAGACAGAGCCAUCAGUACAUACGGGAGGGUAAAGGCAAAAGGCUUUAUCGCGAAGACGAGCCAGAAUGUUCGGAGCUCUGUCAGUGCGGUGAAGGUGAAGUUCUCAUCUGCAAUACGAUCUGCGUCGACUCGUCUCCUUGCAAAACGGACUUCGCUUACUAUAAUCAUGAGGCACCAGCUUAUCAGGCCCACCGUGGUCCAUGUCUCUGCUAUAGUGGUGGUUUCAUAUGUAUGCGUCCAUCACCUGGAGCAUACAGUAUACCGCACGGAGUUUUUAUGUUCUUGGGAUAUAGCGAGAAGGACGAGACCUUGUUAAGGCCGCACAACAAUCUCACGGUUCUAGACGCCGUUUCGUCUCUCGACAAUUUCAUGAGAGAGGAAGUCAAUAACCAGACCGUAUGCACGCUCUUCCUCUACAAUGUGACUCGAGAAAACGUGAUUGCAGUAGCACGUCUUGGUACGGACAAUCCACCCUUAAAUAGCAGUCAAGCUCAGAGUUUGCAACACCUCUUGCGAGUCAAGGAGGAAUGCGCUUCCAUGCUGGAGGAUUUGAGCAAUAAGAUCAAUAAUAAACAUCACGAAGUUCAUACGCAUCCCUUACUCUCGAUAUUCAAGAUGGCUGAGGUCGCGGUUAAACUACCAUAUAGCAACGAUGGUAGAAGCAUGUCAAGGUCAUCGAGUUCCAUCCUCCUACUCGUGCUCCUAGCGUGCAGCAUUUUCGCGUCCACUUCGACGUGUCUCGUCGACGAUUCGUGACACGGAUAAAGUUACCUAUUCUACAAGAGAAGGGGAAGAAAAGUCUCGAGUGUUUAGAAUAUCAACGACGGUUUAGGGACAUGAAAAAGUGUCGGAAAGAGUUUAAAGAAAGAAAGAGCGAAUGAAAAAUGGUGUAAGUAGGUAUAUCUGUGCGUGUGUAUGAGUUACGCAUACGUGUUCGCACGUAUGUGUUUGUAUAGGUGGAUCUACGUGCGUGCAUGUGUAAAAAAGUUUAGUUCGUCUUUUUCGAGAAAGAUUUAAAAUCGCUAUCUGUCUGACUAUCCAAACUUGUUCCUACAAUCGAGAAUCGAAACGACACUAUAGAGAGCUAAGCCAAGUAACUUUCCGUGUAGUAGACGGACAAAGAUACACCGUAUACGUGGUAGUAUUACAACAAGAUCGUAAUAAGAAAAAUGUCUGUACGAGAUACGUGAUGUAAAAGAAUAUGACAAAAGAGGGAAAGGUUUAUUUUCUUAUACGUUUCUUCUCGAGUCUAUUUUCAUUCACGUUGAAUCUUGAAGAUAUUGAUUGAAGAGAAAAUAGAAUAGCAAAACCGAAUUAUAGUCGCGUUGUCACAAAAUCGAAUGUAUAGAAACAGCUGCAGUUACCUGUUCGACCUCGAUACGAAACGUGCUUUUUCUGAUAUUCCACUUUCAAUAAGAAAUAGAUCACGUAUACAAAAAGUGAAUAUGAAUCGAAAUACACAGUUCGCUGCUGGACCGGCGACGGUAUUACAAUCUCUUCCAAACGAUCUUGGCUAAUGUAAAAUCCUACCGCGGUAUUUAUAUUGACCAAAUAAACUGCGACACGAUAGUAGAGUUGAAGUUCUACUCUACGAAAAUUACGAAAAAUCUCCUAUUGCGUAGGCAUGGACGAUCCUAUAAUCAUCGGAGAUAAAAUCAAGUACGAUACUCGAUUGCCUGGAAUGACUUCGUGUGUAUAAAUCGAAUGAAUUAGAGAAAGAAUGAAAGAGAGAAAGAGAGAGAGAGAGAGAGAGAGAGAGAGAGAGAGAGAGAGAAACAGAGAGAGAGAGAGAGAGAAAGAAAGAAACGAAAAGUCUGUAAAGGACUAGCACUAAUUAAUAUGUAUAAUGAAUUAUUCAGUAAACUCCUCCCAUACUGGACCAUUAGGUGUGUUUGUUAAAGUUGAAACUUGAAGCGCAAAUGACGCGUUUUCAAAUUAAUCGUAUGAGGCUCCGAAUAUUGUAGAUCGAAUUAUAGAUUGUUAAUAUAGAUAUAAAAUAAAGGUGUAAAAAAUAGAAGUAGAGACGCUACGUAAAAAGAAAGAGAAAUUAUCGGGAUUAUACGAGUGGUAUUUUUAAAGCCACCUUAGGUAUCGUAUAAUCAUUAUUCUCAAAAAGGUGGCUCAAAUUUUCCUAAGCUGUUAUAUCCAAUGUAUGACAUUAGCAAAUAAUGCGGGAAUUUGCAAUCUCGAGCGAUAGAUAAAGCGGAAUGAUCGAUGAAGUAACGACGUAGGAAGCAAACAUACGAAAAAGAAUAAUUAUUCACUUAUAUACAAACAAAAUAUACAUAUAUAUAUAUAUACAAAUAUACACACAUACAUAUAUAUAAGAAAUAAUAAUAAUAAUAAUAUAUAUUAUUAUUAUUAUAAACCCAUAUUAAAUAUAAGUAUGCAAAUUAAUGUAGCUAAGGAAUGAAAGCAUCGACGAAAGCAUGGCGAUGGUGUCCACGCUGACGAACAUCGAUAUAAUACCGUUUGUACAUGAAACUCUGCGCUGUAGUGAAACGUUAAGUUUAUUAUAAAAAAUUCGUCAAUUUAGAAACUUGACUAAUUAUAUGUACAAUCGUGUUGGCAUAUAUGUAAUGCGACGGAUAUGAAUGUAUGCGAUAGAGAAUUAUUAUCCCACUCACGAUCAUCCCAACUACAUACGAGAUAAUCUUAUGCACAAAUGAUUUUUUAAUACCCUGCUAUUUUGUUAUUUUCUUUUUUCGAUUUUUGGCAAUCAUCAGGUUACUCAUUCGUCGAGAGAAUUCCUUCAUUAUUUAUAGAUAAUCAACGCAGUGGUAAUUCGUAAAAAACAUUUAAUCGAAUAGUCUCGAUGCAUUCGCAAUUAAUUUAUACGGGGAAAAGCGUUAAAGACGUAUUCUUCUGUUUUAUAAAGGUAUAUAGGUUGUAAUUGUAAUCGAGUACAAUACACGGCACAAUAUUGCAAUCUACUCGACAGGCACAAUGCGUUAAUUUUGACGAGAAGAGAGUUGGGAUGUGCGCGAGCGAGAUUGAAUGUACGUGACGUGGCUAUCGGAAAAGCAAUAAUGUAUAAAGUUUAUGAUCCACUGGCACAUUGCUCAAAGAGAUAGAAUAUGUAAAUCUCAUGUUAUGUAUACAUACACACGGUGACACAUAUACAUGCAGGUACAAUACGAAGAAGAAAUUCGUGUACGUGUUAAAUAGAUAAAAAAUUCGUGGCUGGUGUCCGAACAAUCGUCCAAAACGAUCCAUUUUGGAGUGACCAAACGUGCGUACGUAAAAAGAAAAAGCAUAAAUGAUCAAAGUCGAUGAAAAACAAAAAGCUCGUCCGUGUUGUAAUCAACCGCUGAAUUGUUGUUGAACAUAUUUUUGCGGUAGUUUAAGAAGGCAUAGAUACGCUUGAAUCUAUCAAAACGAAAAAAAAAGAAAGAAAGAAAAACAAGUAUGUAAUUUUUCGUUAUCUUUGAUCAUUAUAUUCUUUGAUCAUUAUAUUAAUAAAAUUUUUAGAGAUUUUGCUUGAUCCAAGCAAAAUGCAACAUCGAAAGAUUCUACUAGAUUGUGUCCAUUGAGAUUAAUCAUUUUCAUUCUCCAUCGAUAACGACGUUUCUUUGAACAAUCGCUCUCUCGUUGUAUAGUGGAACUGUAUAAUAGUUUUAUCUAAUAUAUUUACUCGUACAAAAUAAGCUAAUCGCACUAUACGAUACUAUACUUAAUAAUGCUAUUUGUUAAUUGAAAAAAGCGGAAUGUCUCUGAUAACGAUAUACGACGUUAGAGUUAUUUUCACGAAGCAGAAAUGGAACGCUCUUUCAUUCAUUUACCGAUUCUAAAAGACAUUUUACUUUUUUCUUUUUUAUUCUUCAUAAUGUCACAUUAGAUUGCAAGAA